GCCGGCCGGACUCUCCCCUCCCCCUCCCCCUCCCCUGUCUCCUCGCUCGAUUCCCCCCGAACAGGAUCAGCUGAGCGCGCUAGGGUUCCUCACCCCGCCGCCCGCUCCUCUCCUCUCCUCCUCCCUCCUCCCUCCGACGAGCGAGGGCCUCCUCCGGCCCCCGCAGCAGCCGGCGAGCGCGGCCCCGACGCGCCCACCCCGCCUGCCCCUGCCGACCUCCGCCCCCGGUCACCUCCGCAGCAGCCGGCGAGCCAAGGACGGUGCCGUGACCCUCGCCGCCACCUCCCGCCGUCUCUUCCUGCGCGUGGCCGGCGGCUGCUCUCCUUCGACCGCUGCCUGCCCGUGCUCCAGGUUUUCUUGCAAUGGUUUUCGGUGGCGGCUUCAAAUUUUUAGUGGGAGUGGGAUGUGGCGUCUAUGUGGCUCAGAACUACAACGUUCCAAAUGUCAAGAAGCUGUUCAACACGUAUGUUUUCCUGGCAAAGCACGUUGAGGAAACGUACCGUAAGCCGCCGAAGAAAGACGACGACUGAUUAUUAUCAUGCCCAUGGCGAAAAGAAGUAUAUAUAUACUCUGACUUGACAGAAACAUGAUCUUCGUGAAUGUUAAAAGGAGUUAUGAUCUUUUCAAGAGCUGAGAACACCAGCUGUGAAGUUUGUCAUGGCAAGGUUUGUGGAUCUUUAUGAUGAAAACCUUAUUGUUUUUUAACGUCCGAUUCAAAUAUUAUGGCAUAAAUGGGUGUCUGGCAUCUUACCAAGAGUGCCCUGAUUUGCUUC